AGUUUGGAUGGUAAUUUAGACUGUUAAAGUGUUAAUUAAGCAGAGUGAGAAGAAGUAUUUUUCACAACUUAGUUAUGAGUCAUUUACAGAUUUUGGAGUAAAAAACUGAAGAAAGUAUUUUGUUCUAUUUUUAAUGAGAAACAUUGCGUACUUUUAUGAAAAUGAGGUCAAUUUUAUUGUUGCCCUCAUUGGGGGGAGGUUGUUUCAGCGAAACAUGAAAGUUAUUUGCUUUUUCUAAGAUUUUUGCAAGAUACCGUAUUGACCCUGACCUACUUCUAGGGUCAUGUAAGUGUAUACGUUGCAGAGCACAUUUUUCCACGGAUGUGAUCUGACAUAUCAUUUCAGACGCUUAUUUAGAGGCCAGAAUUCCAGGUUUAGGAAAAUGGCAACGGUAUUUCAGAGUCGCUAGCAAUUUCCGCAAAAGAAGUUGAAUAAAAUUGCUCAACUGGCAUAUCGUUGAGUUCAUAUACAACCAAGCGGAAACCUAGCCCUGUCUUCAUUUUGAGCGUACCAAUUACCUUGCGGGGAUGUCACCACGAAUUAUCACGAAACUUGUGGAGAAAAGACGGGUAUUUUGUCUAUUCAAGUUCGGUAUUCCUUGGUCAAUUUUCCGUGACGGUUUCUUGACAUAAAUUCAAUUUGCAGAAAAAAACUCUCUGUUAUCUCACUUGAAAUGCUUUGUCUAAACGAAUGUUGAUGAAAAUGCUUUGGAAAAUUUGGGCAAUGUGCAUGGUGACAUUAUUUGCACUGAUGUCGGUAUUUUGUGACCGUUCCCAAGUUGCAGCGGUCCAACAGUGUGGGACACGUGGGGGACACUAUAGGGAAAAUUUGACCCUCAACGUGAAACUUGGUGAAACAGCUGUGUUGCCAUGCACGUUGGAAACGAUUUUAGAGAGAAAUCAACAGAUUAAUUGGAGAAGAGGAAGUGGCGACAGUCUGGUCAAAUGCACAACACCAUAUAUCUGCACGUAUUAUCGGCCGCAUGAUUCACGUUUUCAUAUUGUGACAGACUAUGAGAAGGAGUUUAAACUAAAUAUCACAAAUGCUCAGCUUGAUGACACAUCUACUUAUUAUUGCGAUUUGUACAUAAAGAGUUCGCAUUCAUGUGAGGCUUCUAAGGUAUCAUUAAACGUGACUGAACAGUACGUUAGUCCAGUAAAUGAAUCAUCAACUGUUUCAAUAAUCAGUUCAACAGCCAUCUCUGAAAUGAUUACUACAAAUCUUCCGAACGAAUACUCAUCGACGCCAAUUUCAGGGAAACGUCAUGAGACGUUUAUUUAUCUCACAAUGUUCAUAGCAACACUUCUCAUUUUAAUGUUGUUUGCUGCAAUUUGUUGUUGUCUGUUGGUGAAGAAGUUCGAAAUCCAUUUACGACCAAGAAACAGUAGCAGCAGAUGUGUUAACACUGAUGAAAGCAAUGUGCUUGAGAUGACUCGCCGGUCCUCUGUACUACCUGCAAUACCAACGGUACCGAGUCCGUCGAAAGACACUGCGAUGCCAUCAGAUCAGCCCAGGGGAAAUUGCAACUCGAGUUCAAAGCCAAGUUUUGAGAGCCACCUCGGUCAUCCACAAAAACCGGAUGCAGACAUCCAACGUCAAACAAGCUCUGAUCACUCUGGAGAUCUCACUAGUCAAGGAAAGAUGAUACAGACAUAUUCUCAAUUUGAUGAGAAAAUUCCUACCGAUUCUGGGCAUUGCGUCUCUUUACCAAAGUUCGGUUCCGAAGAAUCAUGCUCAGGAGAAUGUCAGUCUGGUUUAGUACCGAUCAUUUCCCCGCUAAAAGUUACGAGAACAUACUUUUCUACAUCGCCUAAACUUCCUUUAGAAUCCACUGCAAAGACUGCCCGGGAAUCAGACGGCAGUAUUUCGAUAUCGAACGGCACCAAUGAUACGCCAAGCCUGUGCGUCAACCAUUUAAACAAGAGGAAUAACGAUGUGUAUACUCAUCCUGUUGACGAUGAAGAGCAUACAUAUUUAGAUAUGAACGGCCAAGGUCCUCCGGUUCCUCCAAUGAACCCUCACAAAAUGUUACCAAGUAUAUCCUCGACAACAACGCACGAACACGAUGCUGUGCAACCUGAACCGGCUCUUGCCGAGUCUGCAACAUCCCAAUCCAGUCCAAUCUCAAUGGAUGGGCAUACCUGGCACAACUUCGAAGGGGACAGGACAAGAAGGGCUCCAGCUGAAAACUUCAGAAAGUACAUCCAAUCCCGUCUUUCUUUCUCGAUUAGACACGGGCAUCGAGAAACAAGAGCUCGACCGGAUAUCGUUGACUUUCCAUCACAUCCUCCACUUCCUACAAGCAUCAAGUAG